AUGUCUACUGACGAGGGCUUUGUCAAUCCCAUUAUUCCGGGAUUCAACCCUGAUCCUUCAAUCUGUCGUGUGGGCGAUGACUUCUUCCUUGUUACCUCAACUUUCGAAUACUUCCCCGGUAUUCCGAUUUAUCACAGCAAAGACCUGUUGGCUUGGACGCUAAUUGGCCAUGUCUUGACACGUCGAUCCCAGCUUGAGAUGCGCACGACGGAACCCUCCGGAGGAGUUUGGGCACCAACAUUGCGAUAUCACCAGGGCACAUUUUACGUGUCUGUCGGGUGUACCCAGAGGUUUCGACCUAAAGAGUGGGAUAUUACGAUACCCCGUGGUUUCUAUGUAACCACUACAGGCAUUCGAACCAAGGGCUCUUGGUCUGAUCCCAUUUAUUUCGAUGUCCCAGGGAUCGACCAAGAUUUGUUUUUUGAUGACGACGGCAAGGUUUACUUUUCUGCCGUCAAUCAGGUGAAGGACCCAAAAAUCACCAAGCAUGGUCUUGGACUUGCAAGCUUCACUGUCGAAAUUGAUCUAAACACAGGAAGUUGUGUGGGGCCUAUCAGGUGGAAUCGCAUGUCGGAAUUCGGAUUCGGCAUUGCAGAAGGACCUCACAUUUUCAAAAAAGAUGGAUACUACUAUCUGUCUACCGCUGAAGGAGGUACUGAUGAGGGUCAUCAGCAGUGGAUACACCGCAGUAAAGUCGGGCCAUUUGGCCCAUGGGAAACGCCUGGAAACGACGUCAACCCAAUUAUCUUCAACGACAUGGACACGCAAGUUCGCAACACUGGACACCUGGAUUUCAUUGAGACCAGUGAUGGGCGUUGGUGGGCAGUGUUCCUUGGAGUUCGACCACAAGGAAACAAGGCUCAAUUCAAGUCGCAGCUGGGGCGAGAGACGUUCCUCGCGCCUGUUCAAUGGAUCGACGGCUGGCCUGUGGUCAAUGGACGGAAGAACAUCAGUCUUGAAAUGAAUGCACCGGGGAUGCAUCGUCUUACAAAACCGCAAUCCUGGCGGGAUGAUUUUGAAGGCCCUGAAUUGCAACUUGGGUGGUACCAUCUACGAACGCCCUUGAAGCAAGCAUACAAAUUCGACACUCACCAGAACUCCCUGCUUUUAUAUGGUGGUGCUAACAGAAUCUGGGAUUUCGAAUGCCCAAGUAUGCUGUUACAGAAACAAGUCCAUUUUUCCUUGGAUUGGCGGGUGGAGAUGAACUUCGCCCCCAUGAUUGCUGAAGAGGAAGCGGGCACAGCGAUUUGGUGGUCCCAAUUUGCCUACGCAUCGAUUGGCCUUCGAAGGAUGAGUAGUGGAGAAGGGAUGGAGAUUCUUUGUCGAUAUUUGGAUGAAAAGAACGAAUUUCAGGUAAGAAUCUAG